AUGAUGCGAAUUUCGCAAAGCCUCGAGAGUCUUCAGCUCGAUCCCGAACAACAACAUGCCAACAUUGUAGAUGGUCUACCAGGACAAGGUGCAGAGAUGGCUCCAAACGCUAUGGCGGCCGAACUUGAUUUCGGCAUACAAGUCAACGAUGCCAUGGACAACUUCUUUGAUCAAGAUGUUGGUAUUGGUCAAAACGACGCAAUUGGUCAUCACAUGAGAAUUGGGCAAGUGGACGAGUUGGACGAUGGAAAUGGCAUGGAUCACGAUGCUGGUCAUGGAGUUGGAAAUGGUCUACAUGGUCAAAAUAGAGUGGAUGGUCAGAUGCCGCAGCGUCAAGCCGUGGAAAUGCACAUGCCAAACAACCAAGAAAUGGGUCGACUGGAAAGUAAUAGAGAAGCAGGUAGAGUUCAAAAUCCAAAUGCGCCUAGGGUCCCUCCCCAGCAUUUAUUUCGCUAUACUGUAAAUACUAGUAUUACGAACUUAGGAAACAUUCAGAGGCGUGCAUCACGCCACCUUUUAAGUAGCGCAUACACGACCCCAUACGACAACCUGACUACAGGUAGCGAACAGAGAAUGGCUGAGCCACUUUAUAUUCGGCUCACUCGUAGCCUGGGAUGUUUGUCCGUCGGAACAAACGAGACUCAAAUCUAUUUGGUUGGCUCAUUCCAGCGCACCUUUAGACCCCCAACACUCGGGUCAAUAGUCCUUGCAACGCAUUUUGCGGACGUAGUAGGUUUCCGACCCCAGUUAAGAUAUCCCAAACCAUCUGGCGUAAUCACAAGAUACACCAUCGUAUCGAUCCCCGACACUCGCAAGUCACUCGCGAUAAUUAGUAACCUCAUUAAUUAUCCUGUCAUCCAGGUACAAUGUGAAUUAGGCGUUUUUCCAGCUCACGCAGCUAUGCUGCGUAGCCAACGACCGGCUGUCACUAACCAACCAUUGGUUAUUCAGCUAAGCCAAAUACUGGAUUACAAAACUGUCACCGAAAACGGGACACUUAAGCUAAUCCGCGCGUCCUUUUCGAAUGAAACUUUAUUCGUCAGCGCUAUAGCGUAUAGUCUGGUGGACCCAUUUGGUACCGAACCUUAA